CAUCCCACUUAAACAUGGAGAAAGCAAGUACUAAAUCUGCUUUGAAGUUUGUGAAGAACACUUCACAGUCUGCAUCUCAAUGGAGUAGUACUAAUUCUAGAGAAAUGACAAAAGAUGUACUCAAAGAUAAGUUCUAUGACAACACUAAGGCUUCACGAAAGUCUCCUCCUAAAGAAAAUACUAAACCACAAGAAUUCAAACUCCACACUCAAGAAAGAGCAGUUAGACGUGCAAUGUUCAACUAUGCAGUCACAACAAAAUUCUAUCUCAUGGAGCUGCAAAAGAAACAAGAGGAGAGGUUGCUAAAGAUGAUUGAAGAGGAAGAGAUUCGUUUGCUAAGGAAGGAAAUGGUUCCAAGAGCUCAAUUGAUGCCUUACUUUGAUAAGCCAUUCUCCCCACAAAGAUCAAGCAGGACAGUUCCAAAAGAAUCAUGCCUCCACAUGAUGAGUGGCAAGUGCUGGAGCUGCACAUACGGCAAUGAAUUCUACAACUUGCACCAUUGUGGUCAUCAAGCUCUUAAGCCCAUUAAAUAGAAUUGUUGAAGCUUUUAUACGGUUGUGGGAAAGAGCCUGUAAAAUGUACCCAUCUUCGUAUUUCAUACAUAUUGUACACUAGCCAUAGAGAAAUCUAGAGUUUUGUACUAUACCAUGCGAUAAUCUAGCUCCACUUAAUUAGGGGUGAAAUGUUUUGAUGUUUUCUUUGUCACAAAUAAAGAUAAAUCGUGUUUUUUGUGUGUCCUAUUGUCUUGGGUCUUUACAUACCAUGCCUUGUACCAAUUGG